AUGUGGGGCUGCAACGUGCCCAAUGGGACUGUGGGCAGCGCGGACCUGCCACUGUGCCGGGACCUGCCGCUGGCCCUUUGGGCGCUCUCGCUGCUCUACCUGCUGGUGGGCCUGCCCCUGGGCUUGGGCUACAACGCGCUGCUGGUGCUGGCCAAUCUGCACAGCCGGCGCAGCAUGAGUAUGCCUGACGUCUACUUUGUUAACAUGGCUGUGGCGGGGCUGGUGCUGAGUGCCCUGGCGCCCGCCUACCUGCUGGGGCCGGCGCAUGCGCGCUGGGCACUGUGGCGGCCGAGCAGCGAGGCCCAGGUGGCGCUGCUGAGCCUGUUCCACGUGUCCGCCCUGGUGAGCAUGUACUCGGCCGCCCUGCUCAGCCUGGACUGCUACAUCGAGCGCGCACUGCCUCGCACCUACAUGUCCAGCGUCUACAACACCCGCCACGUGUGUGGCUUCGUCUGGGGCGGAGCGCUGCUCACCAGCUUCUCUUCACUACUCUUCCACAUCUGCAGCCACGUAUCCACGCGCCUCGCCGAGUGCGCAGAGAUGCGCAGCACGCAGGCCGCCGACGCCAUCAUGGUGCUGGUGGGCUACGUGGUGCCCGCCUUGGCUUCCCUGUACGCACUGGCGCUCAUUGCCCGGCUACGCAAGGAGAACACGCCGCUCAGCCGUGGUGACGUGGGCUGGCUGGACCCCACUGCCCACCGGCUGCUGGGGACCACCGUGGCAACACAGCUGGGGCUCUGGACACCGUACUACCUGACCCUCCUGGGGCAGGCCCUGGUGGCUGCGCGGGGAAGGCCUGUGGAGGAGCAAUACGCGGGGGUCCUGCCCCUCGCCAGAGACCUUGCCCGGCUCCUGGCCUUCUCCAGCAGCUCGGUGACGCCACUGCUUUACCGCCACAUGGACAGGAGUUUCCCCAGCAAGCUCCGCCGGCUGGCCAAGAGGCUGCGGUGUGGGUCACAACACUGCAUUCACGACCAGGUGGGCCAGCAGCAAGUAGCGGCCUAG